UUCGAUGACGGAUGGGUGAUCUGUCAAAAAUUAAUUUUUUCACCUCGGAUCAUUUCGACUGAAAUUUAAUUUCCGAAAUUUUGUGAUAAAUUUUGCUAGAUUUUGAAAGUGUAAACCCAUUUUAUAAGCUGCUAGAUUCAAAGCAAUACGUGGUGCACCAAAAACAUGGCAGAGUUGCUCAUCGAUCCGCACAUCCGAGGUUGGGUGUUUCUGCCGAUUGUGGUUAUCACCUUUCUGGUAGGAAUCAUCCGCCACUACUUUUCGAUAUUAAUAUCAUCCCAGAAGAAGGUCGAAUUGACACAAAUUCAGGACAGUCAGGCAAUGAUCCGUGCGCGGCUCCUCCGCGAGAACGGCAAAUACCUCACCCCGCAAUCGUUCGCCAUGAGACGGCAUUACUUCAACAACGAGGAAACGGGUUACUUCAAAACACAGAAACGAGCCCCGCCCAGUCCGAACUCGACCGCGAUGUUGUCCGACAUGGUCAAGGGUAACUUCAUCAACGUACUGCCGAUGAUAGUGAUCGGUGGCUGGAUCAAUUGGAUGUUCUCCGGGUUCGUGACGACGAAGGUGCCCUUCCCGUUGACGCUGCGCUUCAAGCCGAUGCUGCAGCGGGGUAUCGAACUGGCCUCGCUGGAUGCGGCCUGGGUAUCAUCCGCGUCAUGGUACUUUUUGAACGUGUUCGGCUUGAGAAGUAUUUAUACAUUGGUUUUGGGAGAGAACAAUGCCGCUGAUCAGACGCAAACCAUGCAAGACCAGAUGUCCGGAGCAGCGGUAGCCAUGCCGCAGGAUCCCAAAGCUGCCUUCAAAGCAGAGUGGGAAGCGCUCGAGAUCACCGAGUAUCAGAAUGCUCUAACGAACAUAGAAACGGAGAUGCUGAUGGCAGCCAGUGGAGUAUCCCCGUCGGAAGCCGUCUACCACAGCCGAGAGGAGGCUGCUCUCAAAAACUAGAAUCAAAGCUUAACAUGGAAAUUAGUUGUUGUUUUUAUCUAUUAGCAAAUAUUUUGCACUUAGUAGAAAAUCAUCUAUCGUUCGACAAAUCGGACUUGUGCAAAGAGUAUCGACGUAUUGUAGAUAUUCAUUUUAAAUACAGCAUCAUUAUCAGAAAGUACAUUUCGUUUAGGGGUAACUGCGAUUGGAAACUAGGGAAUUUAGUUAGUUGAAUAAGAAAUCAACAUUGUUUAUGAUAGAUCGAUUCUUGAACGAAAUAAAUAAUUUUCAUGGUAAAACUGCA